AUGACGGAACCUACCUCACUGUCCGAAGUGACCCAGGCUGAGAAGCCCCUGGGCAUGCGAAAGAAUGGCAAGCAGUGGCAUGCACCCAAAAAGGCUUUUCGCCCGACCGCAGGCCUCACAACCUACGAGAAGCGCACUAAGGAGCGUGCGCUCAUGACUCAGAUGAAGGCCAAAGAGAACGAGAUGAAGACAGAGAAGAAGGAAGCGCGUCAGCGCAAGGUUGAUGCGAUCCGCGAGAAGCGAGCCAAGAAGGCCGAAAAGGAGCGAUACGAGAAGUUGGCCGAAAAGAUGCACAAGAAGCGUGUCGAGCGCCUCAAGCGCAAGGAGAAGCGCAACAAGCUCAUCAGUUCUUGA